GCCUCUUCCUAAUCUACCGCGAGCGCCGGCGGCGGCUAGUGCUACUGCGAGGGGAGAGGAAGCGGAAAGGGCGGCGGCGGCGGCGGCGCUCGUGGUCAGAGAUCCAACCUCCGGACCCGCGAUGGGGCGGCGGAUCCUCAACGACGCUCUGCGCACGAUGGUCAACGCAGACCGGCGGGGGAACGCGACGGCGCUUCUCCAGCCCAUCUCCGGCGUCAUGGUCUCCUUCCUCAACAUCAUGAAGCACCGAGGGUAUAUCAAAAACUUCGAGGUCAUUGAUCCGCACAGAGUUGGGAAAAUUAAUGUGGAGCUUCAUGGACGUAUUAAAGAUUGCAAAGCUCUUACUUACAGGCAAGACCUCAGAGCUAAGGAAAUAGAACAAUACAGAGUUCGGAUGCUCCCAACGCGGCAGUGGGGCUAUGUUGUGAUUACUACUCCAAAUGGUGUUUUGGAUCAUGAGGAAGCAAUCAGGCAGAACGUGGGUGGGCAGGUCCUUGGUUAUUUCCAUUGAUUGACAAGGAGCACCAUUUUCUAAUCCUGAAUGAGGCAACGGGUUGUGCCCAUCUGGCAUUAUUACACUGUUGUUAUUACUGAACCCAUUCUGUUUGCAUUUGGGAGCUGUUUUGCUUUCGUUCAUGGCCAUGCAAGAAAUGAAAUAACAUGUUAAAAGUACGGCUUACAACACUAGGAAAAUUGUUAAACAGAAACACAGAAAGUUUCUUUUGAACUGAUUUCUAGUAAAUCUGUUCUGCACCACAUAUUCAGAGGUACAAGGGUGUUGCUAAAUUGAGAUUCUAUGAUCCUGCUACGAAAGCAUAGCUCAGUCCUUGUCAGGUUGUCAUGAUAGCUUUCCUGAGACCUUUCCUGCAGGGAGCGUUGAGCACACAUUGGUAGUUUGGUCAGUGUCUGAGCUGUGUUUCAGAUCUUAUUUGCAGCACUGCUUGUAGCCUCUUUUUGUUUAGAAAAAUAAUAUUGAUGGAUCUGUUUGAUGAAUGGUGAAUGUGACAGAUGUCUGAAAGAAACCAAUGUCGCUGGUUUUGUAGAGUAGCUGUAAAUGUGUUCAAUGUAUUGGCUGGGUUACCAUGUGAAUGUGUUGUCUGGAUACGAACUUGUCAUUUUUUUUAUUA